AAGCAUGUUCCUGGAGUUGGCCACUGCUCCAUCCUAACAUCUCCCCCAACCCCCACGUUGGGGGUUUUCCUGUCUCCCUUGCAGGAUGCGACCUUCCCCGAAGAGCUCUCGGGGGCCGCUUGGUUGGUGAAGAGCCAGCGUCUGCAUCCUGCCACGGUGAUCCUUUUUCAAGCCGGACAACCCGGAUCGAAGGGGGAGAGAGCAUCAUGUUAGUCAAAGAGUACCGGAUCUGUAUGCCCCUCACCACGGAAGAGUACCGAGUGGGGCAACUGUACACCAUCAGCAAGCACAGCCACCAGGAGAGCGACAAAGGCGAAGGGGUGGAAGUGGUGAAGAACGAACCCCACGAGGACCCCGUGCACGGCCCGGGCCAGUUCACGGAGAAGCGAGUGCACCUGUCCAGCAAGCUUCCCAGUUGGGCACGGGCUGUGACGCCGCGGAUAUUCUACAUCACCGAGAAGGCCUGGAAUUAUUACCCGUACACUAUCACAGAGUACACAUGUUCCUUUCUACCCAAGUUUUCCAUCUACAUUGAAACCAAAUAUGAGGAUAACUGUGGAGACAACCCGAAUAUCUUCCACACUGACAAAAUCUUGGGAGACCACGAAGUGAUGUAUCUGGACAUUGCCUUUGACGAAAUCCCAGAGCGCUACUACCGGAGCCCAGAGGAUCUCCGGUACUUUAGCUCGACGAAAACAGGCCGUGGUCCCCUGCGGGAGGGCUGGCGGACACACACCCAGCCCAUUAUGUGCUCCUACAAGCUGGUGACAGUCAAGUUUGAGGUGUGGGGGCUGCAGACGCGGGUGGAGCAGUUCGUCCACAAGGUCAUCAGGGAUAUCCUGCUGAUCGGGCACCGGCAAGCUUUCGCCUGGGUGGACGAGUGGUGUGAGAUGACAAUGGACGAGGUGCGCCAGUACGAGAGGGAGACGCAGGAGGCCACCAACGAGAUUGUCGGCACGGUGCUGCCCACCGUCUCCAUCCGCGACGUCUGCCUGCCCCCCAACACCCAGAGCGCCCCCUCCAGCGCCCCUUCCACGCCCCUCAGCGGGGAGGCCCCGGACUUCCUCAGCAUACCCAAGGACAGGCCACGGAAGAAAUCUGCGCCCGAGAUGCUGACGCUGCCAGUGCUACGGGAGGGUGCCAACGCGGAGUGACGGCCCACCCUCCCGACCCCCCUUCCAUGUCUCCCUUCCCCG